GUGUUGGCCUGCCAAGAGUAUAGCAAUUUCAUAGAAUUGUUGGUCGUGUGAAAAGUGUGAAAUUAUAAUAAAAUUCGCAGAAAAAAAAAUAUUAUUUGUCAUGAUUUGAAUGCAAAAUAUUUAUUAAUAAUAUUGAAAAUAAUAAUAUAAAUGUGUAAUCUGUAAGGUGUUGUUCAAAUUUAUAAAGAAAAUAUCGAAGGUGAUUGUUAAAUGUGAAUUAAAUAAAAAGUCAAAGUGAAGGAAAGCAGCGAAGAAAAUUUUCCUCCUGCGGUUGAAAAGUGUAUGGAAAAUUUGGAAUAUAAUCAUAUUUGUUGCAUAUAAAACAUAAUUUUAUUAUAAUAGAUAGAAAAAGUGAUUAGCGAAUUGCUGCAAACCGCACAAGCAACAAAUUUCGAAAAAAAAUAAUAAUUAAAGCACACGAAACGGAAUUGAAAAUUGGAAACAGCAGAUUACACAUAUACAUACCGAGUCAGCAAGCGAUCAAACGAAGACGUCGGGUGUUAAAAGUAAAUUAAGCAGGAGUAGCGGUUACAAAGCACAAAAUUGAUAGAAAAAAAAAAGAUUGAAAAAGAUUGUUGUGAAAAGCACAAAAUAAGUUUAUUUAUAAUACUAACGGAAGCACAUAAAAGUAACUAAAUAGCACAAACCGCACCCUCAUCUCACCCCUUUUCACAGACACCAGCAACACCGCCGAUUCACAAUGAAUGAACUCGACAGUCUGAGGCAGGAAGCUGAGUCCCUUAAAAAUGCCAUACGUGAUGCCCGUAAGGCUGCCUGCGAUACAAGUUUAGUCCAGGCCGCCGCCUCAUUGGAACCAAUUGGCCGUAUACAGAUGCGCACGCGCCGAACACUACGCGGUCAUUUGGCUAAAAUCUAUGCAAUGCAUUGGGGCAAUGAUUCACGAAAUCUUGUAUCUGCUUCCCAAGAUGGUAAGUUAAUCGUAUGGGACUCUCACACCACUAAUAAGGUGCAUGCAAUCCCAUUACGUUCGUCGUGGGUUAUGACGUGCGCGUAUGCACCAUCAGGUAGUUACGUUGCCUGCGGUGGUCUCGACAACAUGUGUUCAAUCUACAACCUAAAAACGCGAGAAGGCAAUGUGCGCGUCUCGCGUGAAUUGCCAGGACACGGUGGCUAUUUGUCAUGCUGCCGUUUCUUAGACGACAAUCAGAUCGUCACUAGUUCAGGCGAUAUGUCGUGCGGUCUGUGGGAUAUUGAAACAGGCCAACAGGUCACUUCGUUCCUGGGUCAUACAGGUGAUGUCAUGGCACUUUCGUUAGCGCCACAAUGUAAAACGUUCGUAUCUGGCGCUUGUGAUGCAUCAGCCAAAUUAUGGGAUAUACGCGAAGGUGUUUGUAAACAGACUUUCCCCGGACACGAAUCCGAUAUUAAUGCCGUGACAUUCUUCCCCAAUGGUCAAGCGUUUGCAACUGGUUCCGAUGACGCCACAUGCCGUCUCUUCGAUAUACGCGCCGACCAAGAGCUUGCCAUGUACUCACACGACAACAUUAUCUGCGGCAUAACUUCAGUAGCAUUUUCAAAGAGCGGUCGUCUGCUAUUAGCUGGCUAUGAUGAUUUCAAUUGCAAUGUGUGGGAUACAAUGAAGGCCGAACGUUCAGGUAUAUUAGCCGGACACGAUAACCGGGUUUCAUGUUUAGGUGUUACCGAAAACGGCAUGGCCGUAGCAACGGGUUCAUGGGACUCAUUCCUACGUGUGUGGAAUUAAGCGACUGCACAACAGGCGGUAAACGAUGCGGAUGUAGACAUGGACGUUAGGCGCAACAUAAAACGACUACGACCAAAUGGCUACAUAGCCACAUCUAUAAUCCUCCUCAACUGCAGCGGUAUAUUUAGAUUUAAACACGAAUUACACACACACACAUACAAACACACACACGCAAACACACACAUACACAUAUAAGUACAUAAAUUUAUAUACCAACUUAAACAAAUUAUUUAUAUAAUAUACACAUUUAAAGUAUAUAAGUUUAAAGUAUAAAAAAGGGUGUUGCUAUAAAAAUACGCAAGUUUAAACAAAGAUAAGAGUUAAAAAUAAGAAGAAGCAUUUACAAAACCACAGCAAGAAAUUUAAAUCUAAAAUCAGUAAAUUAAAAUCAAUACACAAACAAAAAUUUCUUAUUACUUUUAAGUCUUUAAUUUAUAUACAAACAAAACAAAACUAAGAAAAAAAAAUGUAAAAACCAAAAACCACAAAAAAAAAUAUAUAUAAUAAUUAAACAAAAAUUUUAUAUAUGGCCAUAUAAACUAUGCAAAAAAUUUAUCUUAAAACUUAAAACGUGAAGUAAAAAUUAUAUAUUAACUAUAUAAGUUAGAACAAAAGUGUAUAAGAACAAGAAACAACUGAAAAACUAACUAUAAAAGUGUAAACCAAAAAGCUAAAGCUAAAGCUAAAGUAACGUAAAGUAAAGUAGUUAUAUAAAAUUCGAGUUCAACACAACUUCAAACAACAACAACAACAAAAACAACUACAAGAAUAAUAUAGAAUGAAGUCAGUCACUUAACAUGCAUAAAUCAGUCAUAUAUAAGUCAUUAUAUAUAUAUAUACAUAUAUGUAUAUACAUGCAUAUGUGUACAUAGUCUGUCUGUCUGUUCAAAGGAACGAUCGUGUGGUCCGGUCCUGGUGUCAAGUGAAGAAUAGGACUAAUUUUUAGCUUAAUUUAAGCUUGCUGUGAUUUGUAAAUGUGUUGACAUUUUUUUUUCAACAGAAUGGCUUAAUAUUGACUAAAAAUUUGUAAUAUUAAAUAAAACAAGCAAAAACAUAAAAUAAUAAAUUAACAACAACAACAAGAAGAAAAAGAAAAAGAAGAAAUUUAGCAAUAAGUGCAACAAUCAACAAGAAACAAACAAAAACAAAGAAUUUCUCUCUCUCUAAAUUAUCAAGAACCUAAACUUAUGCGAACCACGAUCAUUUUUUUGUAUAAAAAAUUUUAUUUCCUUUUUCGAUUGUAUUUUUUUGUUUCUAAUAUUUUAAAA